AAACGGAACCUAACUUGACUCUCUCAAAAAAUUAGUAGUGGUAAUACUACUAAAAAAUUUCAAAUAUUAAAUAAAUAUUUGAAAAAAUUAAUAUUCAAUUUCAGUUGAAAACAAAAAAAACGAUCCUGCGGUUGAAAAACACAUUCUGGAAUCGAUUUUGAGAUAUUUUUGAGAAGUGUUAAAAUAUCCGCUUCACUUCAAUUUGAAAAUCAGCUUCCUGAAAUCUUUCGAACUAGAUAGAGAGAAAACUAUUCUUUCGGUGGUCCGAUCCGAUUCAACCAAACGAGACCGAAAAAAUCUGCUUCUCCGAAAAAAUACACCGAAAAAGAACAAAAACUUCACAAUGCAGAACUCAGAAGAUCAAAACACGAUUCAAAGACCGAUAACUGGCGACUACCAGUCGCAGAUGACAUUUGAAAAACUAACUCGUCAAAAGACACUGUCUCAAAAAGUGGGAGAAAAUGAAACUGUCGCACAUAACGAGCGUUUGUAUUCGAUAAACGAGUUAAACUCAGCUCAGCUGAGAAGAGAAAUAAACGCUGAUUUCCUGGAAAAGUCGGUGAAAACAAGCUCAAAUCACGUUUGCAGCCAACUUUGGGAGUACCAACCCACUGUACCCGGAUCGAGUCCCGGUGACUCCAAGUUUCUAUCGUCAAUUAUGCCUGCACAUGUGCAAUAUUUGCCGGUUGCAGCUUUGAUGCAACAAGAAUUGCAGGCGAGGGAAGGCGAAAUGAAUUCUUCGAGAAUUUCACUUGACGAUGGGAGCACUAAUUUAACAAGCUCUGGCGACCAAUUUAACCACUUACGAGAACAGUUUCAUCAUUCACCUGUUCUCGAACACAACAAGAAACAGUUCUCACCCGAUUCGAGCUUGGUGAGCUCGCACCCCCACAACAACAACAAAUGCGCCACUAGCACCCCUUCGCCCAAUUUGAAAUCAUCUCUUUUGCCCCCCUCAACCACUCUGGCACCCCUGUCCUCCGCCCCUCCCCCGGUUGCCCCGCCUCCCCAGCGAGAGCACCCGACUCUCUACCAGCGGAGGGGCAGUCUGCAGCUCUGGCAGUUCCUCGUCGCUCUUCUGGAGGACCCGGUGAACGCGACGUGCAUCGCGUGGACUGGUCGUGGAUUGGAGUUCAAGUUGACCGAACCAGAAGAAGUGGCGCGUAGGUGGGGCAUUCAGAAAAACAGGCCAGCUAUGAACUAUGACAAAUUGAGUCGUUCUCUCCGAUACUACUACGAGAAAGGAAUCAUGCAGAAAGUGGCUGGAGAAAGAUACGUGUACAAAUUUGUGUGCGAUCCAGAGGCACUUUUCACCAUGGCUUUCCCUGAGAAUAUCCGACCUCUCCUCAAAGCCGAAGUCAAGAACCCUCCCCCUCUGGCUUCAGCACCCACAGUCCUCGCACCUUGGCCGGGCGCCGGCUACUACCAGAGUAAAGCGUUCUACCCCGGACAUCCGGCUCCGACCGGGUACGUCUUAACCCAUACCCCUCAGAGCCAUAUGUUUGCACCCCGACCCGGAGUAGCUCCUGGUCAUUUGGAUUUUUAUGACCCCUUUGGGUACUCGGGAGCUCCGAUGUUCGCCACGAAGAGUUCGACAUCGCCGACAGCUGCGGCGUUUUUCGGAUCAGUUUCCAAUCCCAAUUUGAUGCCGAAUUCCGCGAUUGUAACGACUCUAGCUAAUAAAGACUCAGUUUCUAACUUUUUCUGCUAGAUGUCCUCUUGAUUGAGAAUAAGAAUUUUCCCAAUUAAAAACUACGAGACAGUUAUCUUUUGCCGUUUAAAUCAUCGGCUUAGAGUGUACCCGAAUCGGCUCAGAAAAAAAAACAUUUUAAAGCAAACUUUAUCAAUUUCCUAACAAACUAAUUUUGUAAAUUAUUUGCUAGAAUGUAUAUAUAAAUGUAUCUGAAUUAAAUUUUUUAGUUGUUUAA